GAGGAACCGGAAUUGGAAUUGAAACUGGGUUCGCUCCUGCUGGCUCAGCCUGAGCACAGCAGAUUGCUUUGGGUUGCAGUUGUGUUAUGAUUUUUGCUCUAGUGCAUUAUUACUAAUAAAAAGAGCUAUUGUCACGACUGGGAAUAUUCAUGAAUAAUAUGGAAAUUUGGGCAUUUCUUUCCCUUAUCGGAUGUGACUUCUAAAGGUGGGACAACGUCAUAAACUUACGUUAACUAACAGUUACUCUGGGAGGCUAUGAUAGCAUUUAACCGCGAUCAGCUAACAGCUAGCUAACCAAAGAAAGCGUCCGUGAUGUUCGCCUAUACAAGCUUACGAGCUGACUAGAUACAAUCAAUGUAAUGUGCAGUGACAUUCGUGACCACAUAUUUCUACAGUCUGAAUACCGAGUAUAGCUGCAACUUUUAGAUGGUUCGCGCUUACUUAGUUAACGUUAGCUGAUGUGUAGGAGUUUUAAGUUAGCAAGUUAGCAAAGUUCAGCUAACGCUAGCUGUUAACCUAACUGUUACCAUCAGGUUGUUGGGUGAGAGUUUUUAAGAGUAUCGCUGGGCACGAGUGCAACGUAUUAAGCACUUCUUCUUUUAGUGAAGCUUAGCAUGAAACAGUUAACAUGUAUGUUAAUAGUUUGUCUCAAAAACAAUAAUUAAGCUUGACAAAAUUGACAUCCGACUUCCACUUUGCAGCUUAGCAUUAGCUGCAGUUAGCAUCAGUCGGGGGAACUCGUGUUAAUAACUAGCAGCAAAAAGUGAUAUAAUACACAUUGAUAACGUUAGAUAUGAUUGUAACAAUAUGUGGCUGGUCAUCUGGUGUUGCUUGUUUACUAACGUUAGAUAAAGUCCUUGGGCUGGAGUGUGUCACAGCAUCGUCUAACAUGCUAACCUCAGCCAGGCUAAUGUAACACCGUGGUACGCAAUUGUUUUGCCCUUAUUCACAGCUCUUAUCUCGGUGCUGAAAUUACCAACAGCGUUGUGUUCACAGUGUCAAUACUCAAGACAGCCAGUUAUUUUUUUUUGUAGGAGGUCAUUUAUUUACUGGUCAACACAAGUGUCCGGUGAUGGCUGACACUGGAGUCUUUGACAACAUGUCAGUAUUGUGACAACACUCACGAACAUUCCAAGCAGAAGUAGUUCCCCACCAUAACUUACUGAGCUUCAGACCAAUAGGCUGGUGCUGGCACCUUUACUGCCUUGGAGCAGAGGAAAUAAUCAAAAGAUGGAAAAGAUGAGUGCUCUCCACUUUUCAUCGGCCACUACUUUAAGACUCUCAGAGAGAGACUGAAAGGAGAGAGCAAGGGAUCCUCUGGAAUACAGGCAAGAGGGUGAGACAAAGAGAAAACAACCGAAGCUGUCAGCCACUUUCCAAAGCAGAGGAAAUGGCUUUCUUGGACAACCCGGCCAUUAUUCUGGCCCACAUCAGACAGUCUCAUGUGACCAGUGAUGAUACAGGAAUGUGUGAGAUGGUACUAAUAGACCAGGAUGUAGAUCUGGAGAAGUGCCAGCUGGCUCUGGUACCUGGCAGCAGCUGUGGGUCAACGGGGUCGAACUCCCUGAUCGAGGGGGGCGGCAGUGUGACAGACAAUCAUGCCUGCGACCUCUCCCAGUCCAUGGACAUCACAUCGAGCUGGGAUUUUGGCAUCCGUCGGCGCUCCAACACGGCGCAAAGACUUGAAAGGUUAAGGAAAGAACGGCAGAACCAAAUCAAAUGUAAAAACGUUCAAUGGAAAGAGAGGUCCAACUCCCAAUCAGUGGAGGAUCUGGGGUCCCUGUUUGAGAAACGGGACUUUAAGGACAGGCCGCGGACCACAGGUACCAAAUCCACCCUUUCACUGCGGCUGGAGCAGUGUCCCCAGCAGCUCAACAACCCCUUCAAUGAAUACUCCAAGUUUGAUGGCAAGGGCCACAUUGGCACAACAGCAACAAAAAAGAUAGACGUCUACCUCUCAAUGCAGCUGGCUCAGGAGAAAGUACACCCAAUGACGGUGGUGACCAUUGCCAACGCCCGAGUCCACGACCUCAUUGGCCUCAUAUGUUGGCAGUACACAGGCGAGGGACGAGAGCCCAAACUCAAUGAGAAUGUGACCGCCUACUGCCUCCACAUCGCGGAGGACGAUGGCGAGGUGGACACAGACUUCCCUCCGCUGGACUCCAAUGAGCCGAUCCACAAGUUUGGUUUCAGCACUCUGGCCUUGGUGGAGAAAUACUCUUCACCCGGUCUCGCUUCCAGACAGUCACUGUUUGUCAGAAUAAAUGCUGCCCAUGGCUUCUCUUUAAUCCCUGUGGACAGUCUGAAGGUAACCAUGAAGGAAAUUCUCCAGAAAGCACUCAAGAAGAGGAAAGGCUCACAGAAAGGCUCAGGUAAUGACAGGGACGUUCUAGAUAGAUGAAGUUCAUUCUGUCUUUGGAUUGGUUGGUUGUCCAGCACAUUGUAUCCCCAAUUAUGUACCCCAAAUAAAAACCGCAGUAUAUUUUAGUUUGGGGGAAAAAAUGAGCAAAAAUAAACUUUGCUGUAAAUCUGUGUUAUGGCUCCGUCAGCUGUAAUGAACGAAAUAAAUAUUCUGUCUAUCAUCUCCCAUCACUGCCUGCCAUUAUGAAUCCAAAUGAAAUGUGCUCAGUGUCAUUUUCUCACCACACUGUUUGCUUAGAGAUUUCACUGGAACAGGCUUUUCUCCCUUAUCUCCAUAAUCAGAUUCUGCAUUCAUAUGCAGAAAAGUAAAUGCAUGGUUGGCAUUGUCUCUCUGUUAAUCUUUUCCUUCUUUGCCUGUAUAU